AUGGAACCUAGAAACCAAACAGCCAUCUCAGAAUUCCUUCUCUUGGGACUGACAGAUGAUCCAGAGCUGCAGCCCCUCAUUUUCAUCCUAUUCCUGUCCAUGUACCUGGCAACCAUCCUGGGAAACCUGCUCAUCAUCCUGGCCGUCAGAUCUGACUCUCACCUCCACACUCCCAUGUACAUCUUCCUCUCCAUUCUGUCCAUUAAUGACAUGUGUUUAAGUACAACCACCAUCCCACACAUGCUGGUGAGCAUUCAAACACAGGAUCAGAGCAUCUUUUACAGAAGCUGCCUUGCUCAGAUCUGUUUAGUCUUGUUUUUUGGUAAUUUUGAAAGUUGUCUCCUGGCAGUGAUGGCCUAUGACCGCUAUGUGGCCAUCUGCCAUCCCCUUAGGUACAUAGUCAUCAUGAGCACCCGUAUGUGUCUUUCACUGAGUCUUUUCCCCUUGGUCAUUAGCAUCAUGGACGCACUGCUCCACAGUCUGAUGAUCCUAAGGCUUUCCUUCUGCACAGAGCUGAGCAUCCCCCACUUCUUCUGUGAACUUGCCCAGAUAAUCAGGCUCACUUGUUCUGACACUUUAGUUGAUAACAUAGUACUAUACGUUGCAGCUUGCAUCUUGGGUGGUGUACCUGCAUUUGGAAUCAUGCUUUCUUAUAUUCACGUUGUGUCAUCUAUCUUGAGAAUGCCAUCAUCAGAAAGAAAAUAUAAAGCGUUUUCUACCUGUGGCUCUCAUCUCUUAGUUGUCACCUUAUUCUAUGGGACGGGUUUGGGAGUGUACAUUAGUUCUUUCAUAACUAACUCAUCCAAAAAUGUUGCAGUGGCUUCAGUGAUGUAUUCUGUGGUCCCUCAAAUGAUGAAUCCCUUCAUCUACAGCCUGAGGAACAGGGAUAUGCAGAAAGCUUUGUGGAAACUUAUUAAUAGGAUAGCUUCUCUUCUGCAAUGUGAGAGUGGUCUGGAACUGUGGGUCUAG